AUGAACGACUCCGACAACUCCAAUACUAUUCCCGAAACCGUUGUGCUGGUCCAUUUCCGUCUUGUCGAAAGAUCUGCCCCUCUGGCUCGCAACCCAACCCCAUUUUACUCCCAGCAGAAUAGCUCUACGGCAAUAUUCGUCCUCCCCGGAAAUGCGACACUCGUUGAUAUUACUGCUGCCGCAGUUUCCAUGAUUGAUAAUGAUGAACAUGGGAUUGCGACACGGGCUAGAAUUCCGAAGAAUGGGUUUUCUUUUUCUACAGAUCUGAGCGAUCUAUUUGUGCAGUGGGCGGAUGUUCAUGAUCGGCUUCCACCAUCAUGGAUUAGGAAUGAUGAAGAGUUGGAGGGGGCUUUGAAAUGA